AUGACUAACAUCCGAAAAACUCACCCACUAAUCAAAAUUAUUAACCACUCGUUCAUCGACUUACCUGCCCCAUCCAAUAUUUCAUCAUGAUGAAACUUCGGCUCACUAUUAGGAAUCUGCCUAAUAAUUCAAAUCAUCACAGGCCUAUUCCUAGCAAUACACUACACAUCAGAUACUACAACAGCAUUCUCAUCAGUAACCCAUAUCUGCCGAGAUGUAAACUACGGAUGAAUAAUCCGAUAUAUACACGCAAAUGGAGCAUCAAUAUUUUUUAUCUGCUUGUUCCUUCACGUAGGACGGGGAAUAUAUUACGGAUCCUACACAUUCACAGAAACAUGAAACAUUGGAGUAGUCUUACUUUUCGCAGUAAUAGCAACCGCAUUCAUAGGCUACGUACUUCCAUGAGGACAAAUAUCAUUCUGAGGGGCAACAGUCAUUACAAACUUACUCUCAGCAAUCCCUUACAUUGGGACUACACUAGUAGAAUGAAUCUGAGGAGGAUUCUCAGUAGAUAAAGCAACACUAACACGCUUCUUCGCAUUCCACUUCAUCCUACCAUUUAUUAUCGCAGCCCUAGUCAUCGUCCACCUUUUAUUCCUCCAUGAAACAGGAUCCAAUAACCCAACAGGCCUAAACUCUGACUCAGACAAAAUUCCAUUUCACCCGUACUACACAAUUAAAGACAUUCUCGGAAUUAUCAUAAUAAUUAUAUUCCUAAUGACACUAGUACUAUUUUUCCCAGACUUACUAGGAGACCCAGACAAUUAUACACCAGCUAACCCACUAAAUACCCCUCCCCAUAUUAAACCAGAAUGAUAUUUCCUCUUUGCCUACGCCAUCCUACGAUCUAUCCCUAACAAACUAGGAGGAGUGCUAGCCCUGAUCCUUUCAAUCCUAAUCCUAGCACUAAUACCAUUACUACACACCUCAAAACAACGAAGCCUCACAUUUCGCCCAAUCACACAAAUUCUUUACUGAAUCUUAGUAGCAAACCUACUAGUACUAACCUGAAUUGGAGGCCAACCAGUAGAACACCCAUUCAUCAUUAUCGGCCAACUAGCAUCGAUCAGUUACUUCUCUAUUAUUCUCAUCUUAAUACCUAUCUCAGGAAUCAUCGAAGAUAGUCUACUCAAAUGAAACCCAU